UCCUGGGUCGUCUGGUUAUUUUGAGGAGCUCAGUCAAAGGGAGGUCUUUUGUCUUUGAAGAUUAUUUUCUCUUGUUCUUGUCCACAAGAACGAUGAAGAAGUCUUACUUAGCUACUAGUUCUUCAAUGACAACCUUGAUUAUUGCUAGUGUACUUCUUUCAUCAUGUGUGGUACCUGCCUUAACAGCAGUUGUAUGUCCAGAUGGUGAAUCAGAAUGCCCUGAUAACUACACCUGCUGUCUAAUGAACAAUGAUAAAUAUGGCUGCUGUCCUUUACCAAAUGCUGUGUGCUGUUCUGACCGUACACAUUGCUGUCCUAAUGGUUAUAAGUGUAAUGUAUCAGCAGGAAGCUGUUAUGAAGAAACUGGUUCCAAGAACAGCAACAUAAAUAUACCAGCAACUGUCAUCAAGGUUUGGCUUACCAAAUUAAAUGCUACUUCAAUAACUAUUCAAAAUUUAUCUUGCUGUCCUGGCGGCUCAGCUGAAUGCCCUGAUGGUAACACAUGCUGCAAACUAGCAUCUGGUGAAUGGGGAUGUUGUCCACUACCAAAAGCCGUUUGUUGUAGUGACCACAUUCAUUGUUGUCCCAAUGGAUAUACAUGUGAUGUAUCAAGCGGAGCGUGCAACAGAGGGGAUUCAUCUAUUCCAUUUUUGAAGAAAGAGUCUUCAAAUAAAGUCACAGAGUUGAAGAAGAAAUCUGGAGUAAAAAAUAUCGACUGCCCAGACGGUUCUCAGUGCCUAGAUCACAAGACGUGCUGUCUGAUUUCCACUGGAGGAUACGGCUGCUGUCCAUUACCGAACGCUGUUUGUUGUUCUGAUCACGAACACUGUUGCCCAUGCGGAUACAUCUGUGAUACAUCUUCACAUACUUGUUAUGCUACUGCCAAAACAGUCCCCAUGAUUCCGCAGAGAGCAUCCUCAAGACAUUCGCCUGUAGACGGUGUUGAUUGUCCGGACGGUUCUACAUGCAACAGCGGCGAGACUUGUUGCGAGAGUGGAUCCGGGAAGUACGCCUGUUGUCCAUUGCCUUCGGCUGUGUGCUGUCCAGACAAAAAGCACUGUUGUCCCUCCGGCUUCAACUGUGAUGCCAAAAAGCAAAAAUGUGUUCGAGGGAAUAGUGUCAUUCCGAUGCUAAGCAAAAGGUUUUCUAAGAAUACUGCUGCGAACAUUAAGGCCCUUCCUGUUUCUGUCCCUAAAACACCUACCAUUACUGAUGAUGUCAUUAGGUUUUUCCCAAAACGGCUUCGAGGUGGUUGUCAUUGUGGCUUGUACCAAACCUGCUGUGUAGGAAGCGAAGGAGAACAACAUUGCUGCCCACUUCCAAAUGCCUCAUGCUGUGCAGAUGGCCAUCAUUGCUGCCCACAGGGAUUCACGUGUGAUAACAGUAAGGGCUGUGUGAAGAAUUAGCCACAAUAAGAUGAGGUGGAACCAAACCGAUACCUGAAGGAAUUCUGACGUGACAUACUAAGACAAGACAAGACAAGACAAAACGAAACAAAUGAUGAAAGAAGAACAAGAAAAGAAAAAAUGCGAAAGAAAAUAGUCUUCAUUUUCCUAUUUUGAAUUUUUUUGCCUAAACUAAAACAAAAAUGAUUUAAAGUGCGUUUCACACCAAAUUUCAUGAUUAAAUGUAUUCUGUUUGAAGUAGGUUUUCAUAAAAUCUUUCACGGUCUUGAAUCGGUGAGCAGGUUUCAAACAGCAAAGUUCUUAUAAUGAAAGAGUAUCUCUCACAGUACACCGAAUCGACAUAUGGCGAUCAAUUUGUCUAGCUAUUGUUCUGGCCUGACUAGCCUCGAGUUCAAGUGUAAACAUAAUAGUAUGAGAGGCUAGUCAUCUCAGAACAAUAGUUAUCCAAAUGGGUAGCCAUACUUCGAUUUGGUGUAUAGCUAUUGAUAUAUAUUUUUAGCAAAAAAAACCCCAGCAUUUUCUUAGUUUGAAGUUGCAGACAUCAUUUUGUCAAGCGAGAGCUAUAAAUAACAUAAUAUUGGUGGAUUUCAACCUGGCAGCUGAUAAAAGUCAUUGAAUCUCAUUAUUUGCUCCAAAUAUUUAAUGGUGUGAUCAAACACUAACCGCCAUGUGCUGUCAUAUAAAAAGAGUGCACUUUUGAAAUUGCCAUGCUGCUUUCUCGUUGAUUCAAGACGGUUAAAAGUUUUGAAAUCAUAAAUAAAAAGUAAAUAAAAACAAUACAAAUUAAGCCAAAAGUAGGAUCAUUAGUCUAAUAAAGUUUGAUAUAUAGCCUAGCUUUCAACAAUAAAGACACUGCAUUUUGCCAACACUAAUGUGAA